AUGCAGCCUUCUCAUCCCUCUCCAGUUGACAAAGACAAGAAAAUCAAAAUCAUGGAUGAGUUGAUCAAGACCAAUCAAAAACACAUUGACCAUCUCAAACAAACCAUCACACAAUUGAAAAGACAAUUACAAUUUGAGUAGAAGAGAAAUCAGGAUCUUGAUAAAGAUAAUGCCACCUUAAAAGAUCAAAUUAAAAAGCUUCUUUCUAAGCCACCCCUACAUACUCAAUAUACGCAGACAUCACACGAAAUCCAUAGACGAGACUCAAAACAAUUGUCCACCAAAGAAGAUCAAUAAUUCAAUAGUGCCUCUAAGAACACACAGAAAUCGGAGAACGAUCAAGUGACUCAGAAGUAACAGAUACUCAAUCAGGUGUCCCCUUCAAAACAAGAAAUCAAGAAAAUCCAAAAACUUGAUCUUAAAAUUGAUAUUGGUUCAGCUCUUUAACGACAAUAGAGUGGUCCCAUCAGCAGUGUCAAAAAAUCGCAAACAUACUUACACGGAUUAACAAAUGUCAAGUUAAUUGAUGCAAUCAAGGAGAGAAUCCCAGAAAAAUCUAAUAGGAUUGGUCAAAUGACUGGAGAUCGAAGCAGUUAAAUACGAAAGUCAUUGAUGUUCAAUUUCCAGAAUAACAAAUCAACCAUCAUUGAUUGUGAACACACCGAAGAAUAAGAAAUACAAAAAAGUAGAAAUUCAGAUGGAAAAUAAUAAUAGCUCAUUGAAUCAAUUGAGGAAUAUAGAGUGGAAACUAUGGAAGUCUCAGCCUUAUAAUAACCCGCCUACAAACUGUAUGAAAAGUUUUAUAUCAUGGGUUGUGAAAAAAAGGAAUUCUUAGAAUUCGAUAACGAUCCCAACAUUAAAGAAGGUAUUCUACCUGCAAAUAUCUUAUUCAAGAGUGAUUCCAUUACCACUCCUGUCUAUGAAGAGAUUAUUAAUGGGUUUGUUUAUCCUUUUGGAAAUCAAGUUGAGAAAAUCAAGGUCAAUGAUUCAUUUCGAAAAUUAAAAGAAAUCAUGUAUUCAGGUAAUAAAUACGAAUUAUUGGACAAAUUUUCCUUAUUUACUAUUAAAAAUCAAGAAAUUACUGAUAAUUUUUCAGAGCACACCAAUCAGAAUCUAUUGAAUCAAGCUAAUCCUGAAAAGUUACUCUAUGGAAUUUGUUUAUCUGUCUAUGAUUUCAUUGAGACUACUCCUGAUCAUAUCAAACUAACAUUUGAAAACAGAAAAAAACGAAUUUUCUGGAAAUACAAGAAAACCUAUUGUUUUCUGACCUACUUCCCCUUUUACGAACUAUUCCAAGACUUGCUAAUUUCUAUCAUCAAUUUGAUUAAAAUUAACAGAACAGACCGUUACCUAAAGAAAUACUCUGAAGAGUAUGAAGUCUUAAAGGAUGUUGAUGGAUAAUAGAUAAUACUUGAAUUUCAAGAUGAGUUGACUAAAUUCCUUAAUCUAAUCUAAGCCAUCAGACCAAUGUUGGGACAUCAAUAAUUAGAAGUCUAAACACUGGCAGGAACUCUUAAGUACAGAAUCCCCAAUCAAUUACAAUUGGAUAUUGAAUUGAGAUUGUGGAGUGCCAAUGUCACCUUGUAAAUUCUGAAUUACAAGGAAAUCUUAAACAUUUUCCUAGCAAUGAUUUCUGAAAUCUCAAUCAUUUUCGUGUGUGAAAAAAGCAACAUCCUUACAUCCAUCAUCCAUUUCUUUCAUCACAUAGUCCGUCCCUUAGAAUGGACCCAAGGAAUCAUUUACAAUGUCCCAGAACAACUCUUAACCAUGAUUCAAUCGCCAGUCCCAAUCAUUAUCGGAGUCAACCUUACAGAGAGUGAUUUCAAUUUGAUGAGUUUGGCUGAUAAUUGCGAAAAUCACUUGUUUGUAUUCUUGGAUCGCGAUAAAGAAAAUAAAUUUCUUCCCAAACCUUAAAAUGUCUUAAAAGACAUAUCCUCUCCUUCAUUUGGAGGAUUGUUGCAACACAUAGAGACUAUUCUUAAAAAUUCGAAUAACAUGCGCAAUCCAAGGUAAAUGUUGAUGAGAUCUUUAUUACUUAGUCCAAGCAUCAGACAAGUCUCCAACAAGAAUGACGAUAGGAAAGUGGUUAAGUUUUACUUUGAUGACCAAGAUCAAAGCAAAAGCAAAAAGGUUCUCGAGACUUUCAAGAAGAUUAUGGAAGAGUAUAUCAUUUCUAAAUUGCCACCUCAAAAUGAAGAUGCCAUCAAAGUAGGUCAAGAUUUGAAUUUCCAAUACAUUGAACAUUACUUAAUCUAAAGAUCCGAUCCCAAGGAUAAAAAGUUUAUCUAGAAUCUAUUUAAGACUCAGCAUUUCUAAUAUUUUAUAUAAUAACAUUAUUGUGAUUAGAUUUGA